AUGCAGACGCUGCUCGUGCUGCUGCAGACGACGACAGCGGAUCGGUCAGAGCAGCUGGCGGCCACAAUCGAGGUGGUCAAUCGGCACUUCAUGCACAGUUUAGGGCUGGCGGAGCCGAUGGAGGCGGCGAAGCCGCUGUCAGUGUACGGACUAGACUCGCUGGCGGCGGUGGACUUUCGGAACUGGCUGCGGCAGGAGUUGAAGGUGGUGGUCAGUACGUUGGAGGUGGUCGGGGCCAAGACACUAAGUGCCUUGUGUGAGAGAAUUUUGAGUCGGUUGCUGGAGAAUGCGGAUGCCACUGUUGGGGAAAGAGGCUGA